AGUAAAUAGUAGGUACCUAUUUAAGAACAGUACAUUGAUGACGUAGCGCUCUGACUCUGACCUUGUGAGUGUUUGUAAAGUAGAAAAGUUCAAGCAUAUCUCAACUCACGGUAGCUUAAGAGUGAUGUUUAGAUUGAAGUUCAUUCGGUCUUUGAUGAAUACGAAAAUGUCAAAAACACCGAAUUUUGUUCGUGCAAAUCACAAUGAUAGAUUAAAAGGAAAAGUGGCGAUUGUAACGGCAUCCACCGAAGGGAUUGGCUAUGCAAUCGCAAAAAGGUUGGGUCAUGAAGGCGCUUCAGUCGUCAUAAGCAGUAGAAAAGAAGAUAAUGUUGAAAACGCAGUUAAAAGCUUACGCAGCGAUGGUAUUACAGUAGAAGGAAUAGUUUGUCAUGUUGCAAAUUCAGAUCAUAGAAAAAAAUUGUUUGAAGUGGCUAAAAGCAAGUUUGGUGGCUUGGAUAUUCUUGUGUCGAAUGCGGCAGUCAAUCCAACAGUUUCUCCUAUUUUAGAGACGGAUGAACAAGUAUGGGACAAGAUAUUCGAAAUAAAUGUAAAGAGUUCAUGGCUAUUAGCCAAAGAAGCGUACCCUGAGUUAAUUAAAAGAGGAGGUGGAAACAUUGUGUUUAUUUCUUCAAUUGCUGCAUACCAGCCUAUGGAGCCCUUAGGUGCCUACAGCGUUAGUAAAACGACACUGUUAGGAUUAACAAAAGCAAUAGCUAAUGAAGUAGUCCAUGACAAUAUAAGAGUAAAUUGUGUCGCACCUGGAAUAGUUGCAACAAAAUUUGCUUCUGCAAUAACAAAUUCAGAAGCUGGGGCGGAGAAGAGCUUAUCAAUUGUUCCAUUGAAAAGAUUUGGCAAACCAGAGGAAAUUGCUAGUGCAGUUGCGUUUUUAACUUCAAAUGACGCUAGCUACAUAACUGGAGAAACCAUUGUAGUUGCAGGGGGCGCCCAUGCGCAUCUUUAAUGGUUUACCAAUAAUAAUUGGUCUGUUUUACUUGUGUUUUGGGUUUAAUUGUGGUGUUAAUUGUCGAAUAUAUUAUUUUAAAGUAUA